AAACGGAGUUAAUUUUAAUAUGAAAAAAAAAAUACAUUUAGUGCUUACAUGAGCCGAGAAAAAAGGCUUUUAAUGUCAGUGCCUCCAAAUUUGCCAAAAUAUGUAGUAUUAAUGUGAAUUCUGAUAGUGAUUCAAAUGUGGAAGAAUUGAGCUCCGUAGAUAUAUCUUUAAAUGAUUAUGAUAGCCAAGAUACCAUUGAUAGUGAUAGUGACAAUGUGAAUAUUGUAGUGAAAAAUGAUAAAUGCAAAGAAAUAAAAGCUUGGGCUUUACGCAAUAGGGUGUCCCACAAUACAGUGACUGAUUUGCUUCAAACCUUGCGAAAAAUAGGUUUAGUGGAUUUGCCCUUAACAGCAAAAAGUCUAUUAGGUACAAGUAGAAAAAAGGUUAAUAUUGAAACCAUUCCAAGUGGCGCGUUUUUAUAUAGAGGAAUUCAAAAUUAUUUUGAGAAAAAUUCAUUUCCUCACCUUGAAAUAAAAGAUAGCAUUGUACUUGAUAUAGGAAUAGAUGGUCUUAGAUUAUUCAAAAAUUCGAAUAAGGUAUUAUGGACAAUUUUAGCGUCCAUCGUUGAUUUUCCAAACGAAUUGCCAUUUACAGUAGCAUGUUUUUCUGGAACAGAAAAACCCUGGAAUAUUAACGAUUUCUUAAAAGACUUUUGUGAAGAAGUAGCUUAUUUAAAAGAAAACGGUCUUCAGGUAGGUUCUUCUUCCGUUAAAAAGAAAUUUAACAUUCGUUUAUUUUGCUGUGAUUCUCCCGCUCGAGCUUUUGUCACAGGUGUGCAAUCGCACACUGGAAAAAACAGCUGUUCGAAAUGUGAUCAAAUCGGAGAAUACAAAGAGAGAAGAGUUUGUUUUUCAAAACGAGUUAAUCACUUAAGAACUGACUUGUCUUUUAAAAAUAGAAUUGAUAAAUCACAUCAUAUUAAUCCAUUUAAAUUUAGAGAAAGCAUUUUAGAAUUAGCUAAUUUCAAUAUGGUCUCCCAAUUUCCAUUAGACCCGAUGCAUCUUGUAGAUCUUGGUGUAUGUAAAAAGUUGCUUCAAUUACUAAUUAAAAAAGGGAAUAUAAAUGUAAGCAAAAUUAACGAAAAAAUAACUUUUCUCUCUAAUUUAGUUCCUUCUGAGUUUGGCAGGAUAUGUAGAAGUUUAGAUGAAAUCAGCAAUUGGAAAGCGACAGAGUUUAGGCAGUUUUUAUUGUAUAUAGGCAUAUUUGUCCUAAAAGAUUGUAUUAGUAGUGACCAUUACUACCAUUUUUUAUUAUUGCACGCAGGAAUAAGGCUGUUAUCAUGUGAAAAAUCAUAUAGUACUGAAGCUAACGUUGCCCAACAAAUAUUACAAGAAUUCGUUGAUUUGUUUGGGAAUAUAUACGGAGACCAUUUAGUUAGUUAUAACGUGCAUGGUUUACUGCAUUUAACUGACUGCACUAAGCAAUUCGGUCCUCUAGAUCAGUUUUCAGCCUAUAAGUUUGAAAACCAUAUGCAAUAUUUAAAAAAACUUAUAAAUAAACCGAAUAAAAUCCUUCAGCAAUUGCAUUUAAGACUUGAUGAAAGAACUAAUACAAACAUUGAACCCAACAAAACUUUAAAAAUUAAUUUAUUUAAUAUAGAAUUUAAAAAAGAAAAAGAUUCUUAUUGUUUUAGUGAAAAAUUAGGGCCCAUAAAAGUAAUAACUAUGUCAGACGAAUCUGGUUGCGUUAUGGUAUCUGCACAUUGUUUUUUAGAUGUUGAAAAUGAUUUUGAAGAACCUUUAGAAUCGUCAUCGGGUUUAGGUAUUUUAGUAGCGAAGAAAUUAGAUAAAAAGGUAUUUAAAAUCAAAAAAGACGACAUAGUUUACAAAUAUUUCUCUAUUCCACAUGAGGGAAAGUUUCUCCUUAUACCCAUUCUACAUCAUUUAUUUCAUAAAUUUUCAAAUUAGGAUUUUUAAGUAUUUAUGUACAUAUAUUUUUCUCGGCUCAUUUUAUUACAUUUUCUUAAAUUUUUGGAAAAGAACUUUGAUACUGCCAAUUUUUAAUUCUCAAUUAGAUGGAAAAUAUAUUUGACGAAAUUGACUUGGAGGAUUGUCCAACAACGUCUUCAACUCCCGCAAAAGACCAAUUACAUUUAAAGCGUAAAAAGUUUAACACGUCUGGUUGCUACAAUACAAAGGUCAGCAUUUCAAAACGACCUGUGGAAGGAAACGAGGUUAUUGACAUUUUAACCACUAUUUCCAAACAGCUUGACGAUUUGACGACGAGGGUAUGCGAUUUGGAAACUAAAAUCGAUAAGCAUUUAAAAGAAAAUAUUAUUCAUAAAAGUGAAGAAAUGGCGCAGCAAAAAACGGUUCGUGAAUGCAAGGUCCUCAUCCGCAAAAUUCAUCAAUCGGUAUGCCGAAUGACUGGUGAAGAUGUCGACAACGUUCAAACCGAAAUUGCUUCCACCCUACCAUUAAAUACGCUUGCUGCAGCUUUGGAAAUGGACGAAAAAUUGAAAUGCGACGAAUUUGCUGCUACAACGAAACAAUUCGUUUUGAGGAUAAAAGGUACUUCAGAUAGUGUACAUGAUGUGUUGCGAAGUCUGUAACUGAUGAACUUCUUUAUUUAUGUAACUGGGACGGUAGGGGUGGGAAGCAACCUCUCUCCAAAUUCCUGCUGGUUUCCAACAUUUUAUACGAUUCAUUCAUAACGUAUGGAUUGGCAAUGUUCGAAAAACAAGUUCGAAAAGCCAUUGAAAUGAGCCACCAUAGGCACAAACAAAGAAUUUAUAGGAAGAGGAAAACUGAGGAGUGAACCCUUUAAAUAUUUAAUAAAAAGUUAUAUGUAUUUCUGAUAUUAUUAAAAAUAAUUAUUUUAAUACAUACUAGAUUUUAAGAAAGCAUUGCAAAGCAGGAAUUGAAUUAAUAAUGAAA